ACAUUAUCCUCUCAAGGCACGGCUAAGGCCAUAGCUACCAGUCUGUUACAAAACCUCUUGCCGAGUUAAGGUUUUUUUUAUUUGUUAAAAAGUGUGUGACGACUGGAGAAAAUAUUGCGGAUUGAGCUUUUUACCGAUCUCGAGUGGAAUUAAGAUAUAAAGUAUAAAGAUGGCGGAAAUAACUCACAUCAAUCCAUUGCUGAUUGUCACCGAGAAGCAAAUACAAGGCGUCCGUGCGUGCUGUGACUUGGACGUGAAACAACUCAGAGAUUCCAUCGACGCGGUCCUGGAGUGGUGUUCCAAGGAGCCACAUCUUGAAGGCGCUGUUCCGAUAUUGAAAAGAAUCCGCUUGAUAGAACGAACUCUGCUGAUCACAAAAGGGUCCAUAGAAGAGACUAAGAAGAGAAUAGAAGCUGUCUUGACCUCGAGAGGGAUGAUGCCAGAACUGAGUCACAAUCGGUCGGUCGACGAAUUCAAAACUAUCCUGGGAUGCGUAAAUUACGUGAGCUUACCAAAACUAUGCCCAUCAGAUAACUCCAGAGUGAUUUUAGUAAAUUUCAACAAGGAGAACAUCGACGAUUUUACACUGUUGGCUUAUUUUAGAUAUGCAUUUUAUGUAGGAGAGUACAGGCUGUUUGAUGACUACACUAUCAAUGAGAGACAUGUGAUUGACUUAGAAGGUGUACAUUUGGGACUGCUAACUAAAAUCAACCCCAUUUUGUUGAAAAAAGCAGAACUAUUGGCCACAGAAGGAUACGGUACCAAAAUAAAAGGUAUCCACAUACUCAACGCACCAAAUUGGGUAGACCGAUUCGUGUUCAUUCUGAAGCAGUGCAUGAAACCGAAGGUAGCGGGCAGGCUGCACGUGCAUAACUCCAUCAGUGACUUCCAGAAACACGUGCCGAAGGAAAUCUUACCUAAAGAGUAUGGCGGUGAUGAGCAGUCGGUCAGAAAGCUAGCUGACGCCUGGAAUGACUUCAUGAGCAAUGAAGAGACCAAGCAAAGAAUUAAGGAUUUAGACCAACUUGUAGCCGACGAAUCCAGAAGAACAAACACCAAAUUUAACGAUGAAUACCUGGGCAUGCCUGGCUCUUUCAGAAAACUUACUGUUGAUUAGAAUACCGAUAUAAUUUAGGCAUAAUUCAAGGCAUAAUGAAUAGUGGUGAUUCCUUGUGAAAUCACAACGUGGAGUGUAGGUGCUUACGAGUAUAAUUAUUACGGGCAAAGAGAAUAGAGUGUAUACAGAGGUUACUGUCAUGGUAAAUUAUGUAGCUUCAGUACAUUUACUGUCAUCUUUCGACAGAGGGUAAAAAUGUUUAGAACGCCAUUCGACGCCAGGUUAUGGCGCCAAUGGCGCCAUCGCUUGAAAAGAUUGUACCAUACCUUUGGCCUACUGUCGAGUAGAUGGCGUUAAUUUCAAUAUUUAACAAAUUAACACAUAUCACUGAAUGAAUAAGGAUCAAAGUCAAAUGGCGUUCUAACAGUUUUAAUCUUCUGUCGAAAGAUGGCAGUAAAUUUACCGUGGCUACAUAAUUUACUUUGACAAUCCGCCUCUAUUUCAAAUUUUCUUUGCUACAGGUGUACGGUUGACAUCAGUUUAGUAUUAUGAUAACUUUAGAUGCGAAAGUUUUAUACGUUUAUGGUGGAAUUGUGUUAAAAAUAGAUUAAUACCUGUUGAUGAUAUUGAAAAUCGGCCAUGUUUAGAAAAUAUCGUCGGGUGACAAGCAAAACUCACUAAGAACUAUCAAAAAAUUAAAGUAACAAUGCACUUUAUUACACUUGUAACACGGUUUAUUGUCCAAUAAUUUCAAUGAUGUUAGUAAAUGACUUUUGCUUGUCACCCAACGAUUAUAUCUCUGCUCUAAUUUAUCAUGCCUUUGUAUGAAAUUUAGCUACUGGCAUUUUUUGUAUUGUUUGAAAUUUUGCAGAUGAAACAAUCAGUAUCUAUACGAAUUAAAUUUUCUCACAAUUAAUUCUUAAAAAUAAAUUAGUAGGUUUAGAGAAAUAUGUUUUUAAUAAAUACAGUCUGAACAUAA